CGGCGAGGCUGGGUUUCUUAGCCGAUAGCAACCGGAGUCAGAUAGCGACAGCGCCGGCUUGGGAGAGUAUCAUCCCCUCUUCAUCAUCAUCAGCAUCCUCCUCCUCCAGACGUGACGAAAAAUGUCCGACAUGGAGGAUUUGGCCAAGUCAAGCGUGCAGGUCAACGCCUCGGAAAGCUACCAGCUGAACCCCACCAGCGUCAUCGUGUCGGUGGUCUUCUCGCUUAUCUUCCUCCUGGGCACGGUGGGCAACAGCCUGGUCCUGGCGGUGCUGCUGCGCAGCGGCCAGGUGGGCUACAACACCACCAACCUGUUCAUCCUCAACCUGAGCGUGGCCGACUUCUUCUUCAUCAUCUUCUGCGUGCCCUUCCAAGCCACCAUCUACUCGCUGGACGGAUGGGUCUUCGGCUCCUUCAUGUGCAAGGCCGUGCACUUCUUCAUCAACCUCACCAUGUACGCCAGCAGCUUCACGCUCGCCGCCGUCUCUGUGGACAGGUACUUGGCCAUCCGCUACCCGCUGCGCUCCAGAGAGCUGAGGACGCCGUGCAACGCGGUGGUCGCCAUGGUUAUCAUCUGGGGCCUGUCCUUGGUUUUCGCGGGCCCUUACCUGAGCUACUACGACCUGAUUGACUUCGCCAACAGCACGGUGUGUAUCCCCGGCUGGGAGGAGCGUGACCGCAAGGUCCUGGACACGUGCACCUUUCUCUUCGGUUACGUCAUCCCGGUGCUGAUCGUCAGCCUGUCGUACACGCGCACUAUCAAGUACCUGUGGACGGCCGUGGACCCCCUGGACGGCAUGUCGGAGUCCAAGAGGGCCAAGCGCAAAGUGACCAAGAUGAUCAUCAUCGUCACGGUGCUCUUCUGCAUCUGCUGGCUGCCCUACCACGUGGUCAUCCUGUGCUACCUGUACGGCGACUUCCCCUUCAACCAGGUGACCUACGCCUUCAGGCUGCUGUCGCACUGCAUGGCCUACGCCAACUCCUGCGUCAACCCCAUCGUCUACGCGCUCGUCUCCAAGCAUUUCCGCAAGGGCUUCAAGAAGGUGUUCAGCUGCAUCCUCAGCAAGAACGGUCGCAACAAGGUGCACGUGGUGCACGUGGCCAACACCGUGCCGGGGUUCGAGGCGGCGUCCACGGAGGUGUCGCAGAUGAACGAGGAGAACGUGCGGCAGAACGAGUGCGAGAUGACAAAUAGACGGGCGAAGGAGCCCAGGGAGGCCACGGUGACCCUCAAUUUGCCCUUUCAGCACCCCACCUGACCAGGUGGAGGCUUUUGUCCGUCUUGAUGAGAAUAUGAAAAUCCCCCCCAUGAGCCCCCCUUAAAUGGUGUGUGUUUUCAUCCCUUGCUGCGCCUCUGGAUUCAUCCCAAGCUCACGGUUUGCCUUACAUAGGAGACUCUAUUUGCCAACAUAUAUUGGAUAUAAUGUCAUGGAGUCAUGCACAAACAUGCACAGCACACUAGAACAUAGACCUCCCCUAAGGAGUCAUGACAAACCAAUGAAGACAAAGUCAUUGCAUGCUUAUUACGACAGUAUGUUGGACAUCAUCGUGUGCUGGAGGGGGAAAAAAAGCUCCCAGGUGGAAAACAAUCUAGGAUGGCAUUUUUUACAGAGAAGAAAUAAUGGAUUCAAUCAAUUUAAUAUUUAUAUUUUCUCUCGCUCUUUUUAUGUUGUAUUCCUUUUAAUACACUGCACCUGACUUUAUUAUUUUACAAGUGUCUUAUUUUUGUGUUUUAUUUUGGUUUAAAAAAGAAAAAAGUGUUAUAUUUUUAUUCAACCUACUUUCAUGUCACUGAUUUUUUUAUUGUUUCAUUUAUGUUCUAUGUUUCUAAUCUUUAUUUUAUAUUAUUUUUUUACACUGCACCUUUGAUUUGAUUGAUUUUUUAUCUGUGUUAUUCUAUUUUUGUUUUCAAAUCUUCAUCAUAUAUUAUAGAUUUUUAUUAUCAUUUAUUUGUUUAUGCAUUUGUAAUAUAUAAUAAAAUGUAUAUACAUUUUUUAUUAAGAUUUUUUAUCAAUACUAUGUACCUUUGAUUAGUAUUUAUUUGUAU